AAUUGCUUUUCUUUGAUAAAUGUUCUUCAAGUCAGACGUCUGUGAAAUCCACAAAGCGUUUGUAUUGAGUGAGUUUAUUGCCGGCGGAACUGGCACACCCGUUAACGCAAUUCCUACAGCAGUAAUUCGCCUCAGAGGGAAGUAGGCCAAAGAGAGCCAAGGUUGAAAAGUCUAAAAACUAAUUCGCGACGCUACCAAAAAAAAGGUUAUAGCAUAAGACAGCUGAUAUGAAGAUUAUAAUACAGAGUUUCUCCUUACACAAAAUAACACUUUGAAUUUAGCUUUGCAUUGCGUGCAGUUAGGGAUUUAAAGGACUUCUUUAAAUAGUCUGCUUAACAAGUCUGCAUUGGGAUUCUCGCGGUUAUGUAUGACAUCUUGCUGAGUGGAGCUCGGAGUUAGAUAAGCUCGCCAUUACAACACUAUACGCUCAUACCUCACUACACGGUAGAUUACAAAAUAAUUGCAUAGCCAUGUAUGUUGAUUUGAUCUGGUUUUCGUCGCUAAAUGUAACUACCUAACGAAUAAUUUGCCAAAGUACUUGGCCAUGACAGACAUUUUCAAAAUCUUAUUAUUAACCCUGUCGCCAUCGUCAUAGAUACCGGAAAUUAUUAUAGACCCAUGGGGCUAAACUGCCAUAGGGCAAAUUUCGAAUUGUCAGAUAUGACUCAUUCUCAUUGGCUGUGACGUGUACCUAAGCCAUCUGUCGUUGCUAAGGACUGUCUCUUAUGCUUGUAGAAAAAAAAAUCACGAGAGAUUCUGGACUGUCCGUACAAGCUGUAUCGAGCUCUCUUAAUAGCAAGAGAUAUGUACGCGGUAUAUUUUGGGUUGGUGGCAUUCUUAUCUGCUUUUGGGCUGCGGUUUGUAGACUGUAAACCAAGUUUUACCAAGACACCCAGCAGUAGUAAUAAAGUCUAUGUGGAUGAAGGGGCCUAUUACACUGAACUGUCGUGGGCCUACAACAUAGAUGGCGAAACAGUGAACUGGGUGGAUUUUAUGUACAAGAGAAGUAAUGGUGAUGAUGUGCUAAUUGCCAGGAAAUUUGCCAACCAGCAACUCCAAGUUUCACAAGCCAGCGGUUACAAAGGAAGAUUCUCCUUUACGGGGAAAACGUCGGGGAACGCGACAUUCACAAUAUGGUUCAUUACCAAGAAUGACGAAAGGACAUUUGAAUUUGUAGUUCAUUUCACAUCCGUAAAUAAUCCAUGGAUAAGAAACUCUGUUGAGCUCAUUGUGGUUGUCAAACCAAAGAUCACCAGCAAAACAACAGGACCAGUCACUUUAACCGAAGGAGAUACAAGACGUUUGUUAUGUGUCGCCAGUGGGAAUCCUAAUCCGUUGAUCACAUGGUAUAGAGACAAUGUAAAGGUUCAGGAAGAUCCAAACAUCUCUAACUUCACAAUAGCGUCAGCGAACAAGAACCAUACAGGGACGUACAAAUGUGAAGCUGCAGUUACUGCUCCUGGACUGGGCCCAUACAGAACAGACUACACAGUUGCUGUAAUAGUGAGAUACAGGCCCCAACACAAAGCAAACAGUUUGGUACGCAACGAAACCGUAGUUUUAGGACGAGAUGCAACAUUUUAUUGUCGGACAGAAGCUUUCCCUGUUAAGACACAAUAUAGCUGGUUUAAAGGUUACAACCAGAUUUUCAAUUCCCAAGAUUACGCCAUUGACAAUUUUAGAAAUGGAGAAAGCAGACUGACAGUCAAGCAAGUUAAAAAGAGCAGCGCUGGCCGAUACUCGUGUUAUGGAAGAAACGAUGUUGGAAAUGGGCUUAAAAAAACUGUUUUUCUAACUGUGCACUAUGCUCCCCAACAAGUAAUUUUGACUCCACACCCAGCAGUCGUGAGAAUUAACCGGGACAUAACACUGAAGUGCGAGGCUGAUGCUCUCCCAAAACCUCGAUACUUGUGGAAAUUUGAUGGAACAAUUCUGGAUAAAGCUGUACAGAAUACGCUGUUCAUAACAAACGCCCAAGUAAAAGAUGCUGGGAGUUACACGUGCAAGGCAGAAAACUUCUAUGGCAGCAAGGAAACAACGAGAGUGGUUAAUGUGGAAUAUCAACCUGCUGUUAAAACAUUCUCAACUGGAACUCCUGCAAAUACCGUAAAACAAGGAGCAACAGUAAAUAUUACGUGCAUAGCAGAUGGUUACCCUCCUCCGGAAUACAUCAUCAAACGGGGGAAUCAAAUGGUAAAUAGCACUGGUGGGAGAUUUGUGAUCACCAAUAUUCAGCUCAGUGAAGAGGAUUAUACAUACAGCUGUACGCCCAACAAUACUGUAGGAACUGGAGCAACAAAAACAUUAAAAAUCACGGUGCUAGGUAAGAAUAAGAACCAUUUGCCUGCACUCGUCGACACUUUAAGGAAGCAAUAACAGCUGAAACAAAAUAAUGCAAAGACGAGAACCGACUAUUGUCAUGUACGAAAAGGGAAGAUUUAGCAUCUACAUAG